UCGAACAUGGGAUUAUCUGUACAAAUGCCUUGUCACGACAUGGCCUGACCGUACUUUCAGACUCGGCAUAAAAAAGACUAACACGUUUCUAUGUUUUUUCUUGCUUGUUCAUAGUGCUGAGGGAACAUUGAUCGGUUCGGACGAAUCUGACAGCGGAGAAUCAGUCGCAGUGAGCUCAAAGCACGGAUCAGGGACCGACGAGGACUCGAAUGUCGUCUAUAACAGGAUAUGCAGCGCCCUACAGUCCCUCAUCACGGAUGCCCAGUCUGCGCUGGUACGCACCUCAACCCCCACUACCAGCAAUGUCUCCUCGACCUCACUGCCGGCAAUGUUGGGUCGGAGAUCCUGUCGCCACUCAUCGCAAUCAUGCCUAUCCCAGGGGCAACGGCCACUAUCCUUGCCCGGCACUUCAACAGCACACAGUCUUUACAUGGACGAUGGCGAAUCUAGUCAAUAUGAAACUGCAGGCUCAGUCAGGGAGGAAGGCGUUUUCAAGGGUGCUGUGGAAGGAAAAACAGCUGGAGCAGUAUGAGCGGUACAGGCGCUCCUGCGACAUAGUGUCGCUAGAGCUGGAGAUGCUAUUGAACGACACUAUGCUGGGUCAGCAAGAUUUAUGGGACGAGGACUUAUCGUUUAUGCCAGGGUCAACACCAGCUGCGCUCUCCGAUAAUGUCAGCAAUGCACCAUCAAUGUCACCACAAUCGGCUUCUUCUUUAGGCCAGGAAGCGCCUCUGACAAGUAUGCCCUCAGCACCAAGGAAAGAACGCAUGCCCAGGACACCGGGAUCCAAAGCAGAAAGGCUGCAAAGAUCAUACCAAGCUCUAUUGUUAAGCCCGCAGGUUCGUGCCAGACAACUUCAGCGGCAGCGUCUUCAACAUAAUGACGACCAGGAUCAUACUUUUCAGCCCAUCCUGCACGAACAGCAUCAAUCUCUCAUUUCUUUCCCUUCGCCAUCUCACUCCACGCGAAAACGACCACAUCGCCAAUAUAAGAGUACCGGUGUAGGAGCCAGUCGACCACACAGCAUUCUUGUGCAGCUCUACGGCCUUUGGAAACAAACCUGGUUGCGUCAGCGGAUUAUGCACGUUCUGACGGAAUCUCUUGAGCUCAUGCUCAUUCUCUGGGUCGUCCUCAAACUUACGGAGGUUUCUCUAUCCUGGAUGGGGAUUCGGAUGCUCAAAAGCCCCAACAGCAGUGGUGACAGUAUCAACAAUAGUGCCAGCGGAAGAGUUCCGUGGCUAACCUAUUUUUAUGGAGACCGCGAGGGCGCCGGAUCUGCGGCCAAGGAGCUGUAUGCCAGAAUCCGAAGGGAUGGACUGCGGCUCCGGGAGAUGCGGAUAUGGAGACAGCGAGAGCGGGAGCAGUUGAUGCGGGAGAUGGUUGCAUCGGAGAAGGCGAUGGGGAUGCAACGAACACCAUUUACACCGGCGGCCAUGGUCUGGGCGCCCGCAGGUCGGUUGCUGGCACAGGCGGUCUCGGGACUGACGCUUGCGUACUUAUCGGACUAUGCCAAGCAACUCAUCAAGAAGCUAUAGUCUCAGUGCACGCGUGUGCCCCAUAUACAGAUUCGCAUUUAUUCCCGGCGAUCUGCUC